AUGUACUGGCUGCUAGAUCUUCUGGGCAGAAAGAGCUGCACUCGUCCUCUCGGCCGUCACAACUCGAAGACACCGAGUCGUACCGACACCUUGUCACGACCAGGCAAAAAGGAGAGGCAGCGGAAGGACCUAACCGGUGCCGAAAAGGAUGACCUGCGAUCUCUGGAGCGAAAACUGGAGAAGCGCCUGAACACGGGCUAUCGAACCUCUUGUAUCCGGACGGCCCUGAUGAUCUUAGAGAUGGGCUUCGAGAUCAAGCAGGACCAGAUGGGCCGCAUGUUGGCGCAAUGCAUGCAAAGGCCUGGCAUUGUUCAAAUUUGCAUGACCAUCAAAUUGCUUCAGAUCGCGCCGAACGCCAUGAUCCCCGUGGAGCACUUCCUUCGGGGCCUCGGCGUCCUGGUGCAGCGGAACUUCCCCGUGCAGAUCCUGCGAACGUGGCUUAAUAUGGGCUGCCCCAGGGAUCAGAGGUCCUUGCGACCGCUACCGUACGACUACGAUGAGGAUGAGAAGAGGAUGGUCGCGCAAGACCUGGAGGAUGCUCUCGGCCUCCUGGACGGAGCAGUCGGGCGCGAGAAGCGGACGGGAGGGAGCAGUGGAUGCGAGAAAAAGCCAUAUCCGCCGUGGAAAAUAGAGAUCAAGAUCAACGUGGAUGAUCACUUCACCAAAUCUAGCAAAGCCCGCAUCAUCACUGAUGACGAGGAGGAUCGGAGAGGCGCCGAUCGACGCGUCAUCCUCGUACAGGAUUGCAAGGCCCGGCCUGAGCUCAAUGGAAAGUAUGAGCGUUCCUCCGACCUCGUGGCCCAUGGACGCCCGGUCUUCGAAAAGAAAGCCGAGGUGCGAAACCGCAAAGGCAAAGGCAAAGGGAAAGGCAAGCAUGACGCGAAUGAGAUGAAGAGGCUCUUGAUGCCUCACAUGCUGGAUGAUGACGACAUCACCAUUGAGGUCAUGGUGAUCCACUACAAGCAGGCAGGUCCUGGUCUGGCGUGGAAUGGCCGCGACACCAAGGGCCCACCCACCGGCGGUUGGUUCGUGAUCCGCGACCGGCAGAAGCUUCCGGACCCGGGAGCACGGUCCUUGGAGCAGUUGGAUGGCAAUAGGAACGUCAUGUCGUCCGAGUACUUUGGUCACUUCUGCCGCUGGGGCGAAGAAGAACAGCUUGCGUCGGUAGGCAUGCUCAUGCACCUGGAGCAUAUGGAAGAACUUCGUCAGAUCAGGCGGCGCACGGAGACGAUGCAGGACGCUGAGCUACAGCGCUUGGGAUGGACGUUGGAUGGAUUGCCCUGUAUUGGCAUUUUUGGUCGUCGCGACCCAAAGAAAAAUACCAUCAUCGGCACCUUGGUCAACCGGGUCACCACGCUUGUCACCCGUUGGUGCGGAAUUUCUGAGUCUGCGGCGAUUGGCGAUUGCUGGGAAGACCCCGGCAGUGAGAUGGGCACCUUACAGCUUCCACCCAACACGCAGUUCGACCGACUGAAGUUCAAGCGCGGCGACUCCGUGAUCAUCAGUGAGUCCCGACAGCAGGUGCGCGUGAAGGGCGAAGCCUUAGAAAAGCUGGGUGAGGGCUUCAUCGCCGACAUCCAGUUGCCCCGUGGACGGGAUGGCGAAAGCAAGAUGAUCAUCCGUUUGCGUGGCUGCUGGCCUGAUGAUGCUAUGUCCCGGCGCUGGCGCAUCGAUAAGGGCGCGAACAGCACGCUCUACGAGCGACAGUUGCAGGCGAUGUUGAACCUGGUGAACAAGGACCGCUCACGCGUGCCUGAGUUGCUCAUCUCAGCGAAGGUGGGCUUAGCCGAUUCCUGGGCCAAGCAGUGGCGGAAGGGGCAAGGCGUGACUGAUGAGGACAAGGAGCUGGCUGCCAAGGCAGCUGAGCAAGCUGAGAAGGACGUGAUCCGAGAGAAGGAGGCGGCCAAGCUGGCGCGCCUGAAUCCGGGUGGUGCCUCCUCCGACAAGCUGGACAACGCCCUCAAGGAGGUGAAGACCUUAUCACAUUUGAACACCUCGCAGCGCGAUGCUGUGCGCCCCGAUCGCGGCACAUCGGGUCAGCGGCGCUCGGCGUUGAGGACCACUUGCACCGUCAUCCAGGGUCCUCCAGGCACUGGAAAGACGCAUGUCAGUGUGCAGAUCAUGAAGAUGUGGUCCAAGACUCUGGACUUGUCACCGUUAUUGGCCACCUCCGACAGUAACCCGGCGGUGGAUAACAUUGCCAUUGGUUUGCGGAAGGAGGGCGUUCGAGCAGUGCGCGUGGGUCGCCCCGACAAGAUCAACCGAAUCCUCGAGGAGAUUACGUUGGAAUGUCUACUGGACAAGGAAAAGGAGGAAAUGAAGAACCGGCAGUACGAGGCGCGCUUCAAGUCGCGCUCGCGCUCCAAGACGGGCAGCCCCAAGCGGCGCAAGGUCUCGCGCUCGAGUCCCAGUGGGGAACAGCUCUCAACAUCAGCAGAGUUGCUCGCAGGUCGAAUUCGGCUCCGAGAAAAGCGGCAGCCUCAGAUUGCGGACGACGACGGGGGGAAGGGCAAAGGCAAGGGCAAGGGCAACGUGAAGAAUGACUUCGAGCUCCAGAUGCGAAUCUUACAGGCACCGGACGCCGAUGUCAUUUGCACGACCACCAUCUCCUCCGGCGGUGACUUCUUUUCCAAGUUCGCCUUCGCGGGGGUCCUCAUCGAUGAGGCGGCGCAAGCCACCGAGUUGGCGGCCAUCGUGCCGCUGAUCUUGCGCGGCUCCCAGCGGCUGGUGCUGGUAGGGGACCAAUGUCAGCUGCCACCCACCGUGCAGUCCUCCGAGGCUGAGGAGCGAGGGCUAUCGCUGUCCUUGUACUCUCGCAUGGUGGACUCGGGAGGGCUGACACCCUUCCUUUUGGACACGCAAUACCGGAGUCAUCCGGUCAUCGCAGAGUUUUCUGCACGAACCUUUUAUGCCGGCAAGCUGAAGUCGGGGAUCAAAGGGAGUGACCGCAAGCAGAUCCGUGGCUUGCCGUGGCCCAACCACCAGUCGCCCAUCGCCUUCCUCCCAUCGGAUGGUCAAGAAGAGGAGGAAGGUGAAUCCAAGUACAAUCCCACCGAAGCGGAGCUGGUCCAGCGGCUGGUUCAGGACGCUUUCUUCCAGCGGGAGUUGGAGAUUACCGAGAUUGGUGUGGUCACACCCUAUGUCGCACAGGUGCGCUUGCUGAAGAGGAUGUGCAAACAGAUCAUCCCAGAAGGUAUGGACCCGGAGCUCCUCGAGAUCGCCUCGGUGGAUCAGUUCCAGGGCCGCGAGAAGGAUCUCAUCAUCUUCUCCGCGGUGCGCUGCAAUAGGGUGGGCAACGUGGGCUUCCUCGCCGAUUGGCGACGGCUGAACGUCAUGCUGACGCGCGCGCGGCGAGGGAUGGUGGUGGUGGGGAAUUCCCACACCUUGAAAGCCGACGAGCACUGGGAGAAAUGGCUGCAAUUCUAUGAGAAGGUGGCCUCAGGCCGUGCUCGAUCCCCAAGCCCCACGAAAAAGAAGCAGGAGGCGCCUCCUAAUGAGACGGAGGAGGAAAAGGAGGCACGGCUGAAGAAGGAGCGCAUUGAGGCCGCACGGAAGCUCUCGAUGGCCAUCCGCUUCCCGGGCUUAGCCAUGGCCCAGCAGAAGAAGAAGGUGACAGGUGUUCCACACCGGGGUUGGUCCAAGGCUCCAGGGCUUCAUCCAAGUGCGUGCGGCUACGAGUUCAGGUCGGCCACCCCAGACAUCCUUUCAGGCGAAGAGUGGCGUUGCAUUGACCUCCCAGCUUUGCUUCGAGAACAGGAGGAGCGUUCUAGGUCGCGCUCUUGGUCCCCUGAGGGCGGUGGCCUCGUAGGCCAGGCCGAUUCCAAGUUCAAGGCGAACAGGGGCGCCGCCGCGCGAGAAACGCACGCGCGGGCACCGCGCCACGUCAUCACUCGAGUUGUCGAUCAUCCUGGUUUGGAUCAGGCCAUGGGUGGGCGGACCAAAGCGAGGGUCAAGACACCCUCGCCGGACCGGCCUCUGAAGCAAGUGAAGGCCAUCGGCAUUGGUCGGCGGAACAAGGCCGACGAGUUCACCAAGAAGGGCCCCACGAACGGAGCCGCCAAGGCGAAGCCCAAGGCUGUCGGGGCGUGGGAGCUGGGGCGGCGGAAGGCUGCCGAUCCAGCCGCCGGGGGGCGGAAGGCGGUCGUCUCGCAGGCCAAGGCCAAGGUUGCCAUCGCCUCGGACUCCGAGGGCUCCGGCUGA